UAGAGUGUAAUCCCCUCCUCCUACAUGUGAGUCGCCUUUUGCACCACGCGCCGUCGGUGAGGAGAGACGGAACCGGCGGGGAGAGGCGACGUCACAGCUAACUAACAACCGAAAAACCCGGCCGAGCGGAGAAAACACCGAGGGAGAGCGCGCGAGGAGACGGCGGAGUCUGAUUCAGGUGCUGAAGCGAUUAGAGAGCAGGGAAGAUGGCGGACGAUCCGAGCGCAGCCGACAGAAACGUGGAAAUCUGGAAAAUUAAGAAGCUCAUCAAGAGUUUGGAGGCUGCCAGAGGUAACGGGACCAGUAUGAUUUCGCUGAUCAUUCCUCCUAAAGAUCAGAUCUCCAGAGUGGCCAAGAUGCUGGCUGACGAGUUUGGCACGGCUUCCAACAUCAAGAGCAGAGUCAACAGACUGUCUGUGCUGGGAGCCAUCACCUCUGUACAGCAGAGACUCAAACUCUACAAUAAAGUGCCCCCAAACGGUCUGGUAGUUUACUGUGGCACCAUCGUGACUGAAGAAGGCAAAGAGAAGAAAGUCAACAUUGACUUUGAGCCUUUCAAACCCAUUAAUACCUCGCUUUAUCUCUGUGACAACAAAUUUCACACUGAGGCUCUGACGGCGUUGUUGUCCGACGACAGCAAGUUUGGCUUCAUCGUGAUUGAUGGUAGCGGAGCACUAUUCGGGACCUUACAGGGCAACACCAGAGAAGUGUUGCACAAAUUCACAGUGGACCUACCCAAAAAACAUGGUCGUGGAGGACAGUCUGCGCUGCGUUUUGCACGAUUGAGAAUGGAGAAGAGACAUAACUACGUGCGUAAGGUGGCCGAGACAGCGGUGCAGCUCUUCGUGUCCAAUGAUAAAGUCAACGUAGCUGGCUUGGUGCUUGCUGGUUCAGCAGACUUCAAGACCGAACUCAGCCAGUCUGACAUGUUCGAUCCGAGGUUACAGGCAAAGGUGCUGAAGCUGGUCGACAUUUCUUAUGGAGGAGAGAAUGGUUUCAACCAGGCCAUCGAGCUAUCGGCCGAGGUCCUCUCCAACGUGAAAUUCAUACAGGAGAAGAAACUAAUAGGUCGCUAUUUUGAUGAGAUCAGCCAGGACACGGGGAAAUACUGUUUUGGUGUGGAGGAUACGCUGAAGGCCCUGGAGAUGGGAGCAGUGGAGAUCCUCAUUGUUUACGAGAACCUGGACACCAUGAGAUACAUCCUACGAGUACAUGGGGCUGAGGGCAACGGAGCAGAAAAUGAUGAGAAGACCAUUUAUUUGACACCUGAGCAAGAGAAGGACAAGUCCCACUUCACAGACAAGGAGACGGGGCAGGAGCACGAGCUGAUCGAGUGUAUGCCGCUGCUGGAGUGGUUUGCUAAUAACUACAAGAAGUUUGGAGCCACGCUGGAGAUCGUCACAGAUAAAAGUCAAGAGGGUUCGCAGUUCGUGAAGGGAUUUGGAGGAAUUGGAGGUAUCUUGCGGUACAGAGUGGAUUUCCAGGGGAUGGAAUACCAGGGAGAAGACGACGUGAUUUUCGAUUUGGAUGACUACUAGGUAGUCUGAGACUGAAAGGAGAAGCGAAAUGGGAAAAUAAAUGAUAUGGAGAGAAAAAUCCAGAAAGAAAUCUCUUUCUUUUGCAGCAAGCGAGUGUGUGGACCCUAAUUAACCACAAACACACAUAAAACACACACACGGGCAGUUUCCGAAGCUGAAGAGGAAUUAACUGUCCGUCAAUCAAACGAAGGACAGCACCUUUCACGAAUAACAAAUAUGCUCCUGCCUUAGAGCGCUCUGAUUGGAUAAGACUUUGCGUCAUUUUGUUUAUUAUUUCCCUUUUGAAGUCAAGAAGUGACAGCACGUGCCCAUGAUGUAACUCUGAACAGCCCCAACAAAGAACCAUCUCUGGACUCACUCCUCUUAUAAAGAAAUAUAUAUUUUUCUUUAUAUCCCUCUCCCUCCCUCGUUUAUUUUUUUCCAUCAUCAACCCAUCCUUACCUCUCUGGGUCCUUUUUGCAUUUACACUGGCAAUUGCUGCUGCUGUGUUUUAUGACAGUGUGGGAUUUUUUUUACCUGGGUUUCUGUAGCGAAAGGGGGGGGGACUAAACAAGUAUUAAAUUUGAACUGCUUAAAAUCCAAUAUCCAUACAUGUGACCUGGUUUGUUAUUGUUUUUUUGUUUGUUUUUUUGUUUGUUUGUUUUUUUCCCCUGGAGAGACAAGGAUGAUGGCAUUGGUUAUCAUCAGAUAAAAUACUUUGUCAAUCUUUGUAAGGCUUUUACAGUGCUUUUUGUUUCUUUUUUUCCUUAGUCAAGAUGGAGAAAAUUGUUUGCUUUGCGAGUCCUUCAUACUCAAUUCACACCGAACGGCAGAUUUGCUCUGAAGUCACUCGCCAUGAUUAAGAGCCUGAAAAUGGGCAUUUGAAGACUUUUAACGAAUGAACGAUCAGGAUUCGUUUUUGUUUCGGAUCAGACUGUGUAUUACCCUGGAGUUGUAUUUAGCCAAAGCUGAUAUUGCCAAUGACCAAUUAUACAUAUGGGACUUUUCUUGUCCAAACUUAAUAAAAUAAACAGAAUCCCUCUGAAGCAGUUAGUGGCAUUCAGUAGGGUUUUCCGUUACACAAAUACACGUGAUUGAUCAUAAGGAAGCUGAAUUUGCAACAGUUUUAUAGACCUGUGCUUGCUCAUUUGGCAAGAUCAAAAAAUCCAUACUGUACAGUUGAAUUGCGUGAGAUACAAAUAUCCCAAACGCUCCACCAAUAAUCAUGGGGUCACUCAUGAUAGUUUGGCGAUUUGUUAAAGUGUCACGAUUGUGCGCUAAUUCAAUUACACAAAGCCGGGGGAAUUUUUCUAAGAGCCUAUUGUGCUGACUGGAUUUCUUUUACAUGCAUCAUUUACGUGCUAUUUGGCAACUCAUGUCUGUCCUGAAGCUGCUCAUGAAUGAACAAUGAAGCGCACUACAUUUCCA